UCCCGUGACUAAUUUCAUUGGAACUUACAGGACAACCGUCUUGAUGUUUCCUGCUUCGAGCUACCCCUUGACAGACGCUCAGAAUGGUAUUAGAAAGUACAGGCUGUGACUUGGAAUCUUCCUCCUAAAUAAUUGAGUCAAAGUCACCGGAUUUUGCUCCAUUUUUUACUGACACAUUCCUUUGCCUUCAGCGCAACACGCCAUUGGAGUUAGUUGGAUUAAAAACCCGACAAAAUAAGCAGUCAACCAGGAUGAGGAUGGUUCAGUUGUCCACGUGAGCUCUGUCCAGGACCGGACGCUGUGGAAGGGUGCUGAGAGGCUUGACCUCUGACCUACGCUUUGGCCUCAAAUCUCUGAACUCUGACUGCUCCAGCUCAGGAUGGAGGAGCAGUCCAGCUUCCCUAAUGUCAGCAUCCCCUGCUACAACGAGCAGAGGGACAAGAAGAAGCGCUACACUGUUUACAAAGUGAUGGUCAACGUAGGAAGACAUGAGUGGUUUGUCUUCAGGCGAUACGCAGAGUUUGACAAGCUCUACAACACAUUGAGGAAACAAUUUCCAUCUUUGAACUUGAAAAUCCCAGCUAAGAGAAUAUUUGGGGACAACUUUGACCCAGAGUUUAUCAAGCAAAGAAGAACAGGUUUACAUGAGUUCAUUCAGAGACUGGUCUCACAUCCUCAGCUUAGUAUCCAGCCUGAUGUCAGAGCAUUCUUGCAGAUGGACAAAUCUCAAAACUUCUCAGACGCAUCCGAGGACGAAGAUGACAAGAACAGCUCUACCUCCAGAAAUAUUAACCUGGGACCGUCUGGAAAUCCACAUGCAAAGCCCACAGACUUUGACUUUCUCAAAGUCAUCGGAAAGGGGAGCUUUGGAAAGGUUCUCCUUGCAAAACGGAAACUGGACGGGAAGUAUUACGCAAUCAAGGUCCUGCAGAAAAGGGUCAUUCUCAACAGGAGAGAGCAAAAACACAUCAUGGCGGAGCGCAACGUGCUACUGAAGAAUGUCAAACACCCAUUCCUGGUCGGCUUGCAUUAUUCCUUCCAGACAACAGACAAGUUGUACUUCGUCUUAGAUUUCGUCAACGGGGGAGAACUUUUCUUCCAUCUUCAAAAAGAACGGACCUUUCCGGAACCCAGAGCCAAGUUCUACAUCGCAGAAAUGGCAAGCGCACUGGGCUAUCUGCAUUCUCUCAACAUAGUUUACAGGGACUUGAAGCCAGAAAAUAUCCUUCUCGACUUUGAAGGACAUAUAGUUUUGACGGACUUCGGAUUGUGCAAGGAAGGCAUUUCCCAAGCCGAGACGACAAGCACAUUUUGUGGGACACCUGAGUACCUAGCUCCAGAGGUCCUGAGGAAACAACCGUAUGACAACACAGUGGACUGGUGGUGUCUAGGAUCAGUGCUCUAUGAAAUGCUCUUUGGCCUGCCUCCGUUCUACAGCAGAGACACCCAUGAGAUGUAUGAAAACAUCCUCCACAAACCCUUGAUGAUGCGUCCCGGAGCGUCCAACACGGCCUGGUCCCUCCUGCAGGCUCUACUGGAGAAGGACGGCACACACAGACUGGGCUCCAGAGACGACUUCAAUGAGAUCAAAGCACAUAACUUCUUCUCUGCGAUCAAGUGGGAUGACCUGGAACAGAGAAAGGUUCCACCUCCAUUCACUCCCAAUGUGAAUUCUCCUUACGACAUCACAAACUUUGAUCCAGAAUUCACAGAUGAGACCGUUCCAAACUCUGUGUGCUAUACUGAACAUGCCAUAGUCAAUGCCAGUGUAAUGGAGGCUGAUGAUGCCUUCCUAGGUUUUUCCUACGCACCCCCCUCAGAUGACUCCUUCCUAUGAAAGACUUGCUGUGAGGACCUGCCCCAGAGUUCUGUGAAAUUGCCUUAAUUGUUAUUUUAUUUUUACAAGGAGCACGUGUGCACCUAAGUUGAAAAAUGUAGGUGCACACAAAGAAAUGUAGGACCACAUUGAGAAAUAUUUGAGGUAAGAAAGCUAGAAUCCUUAAUUAUUCUAGGUGAACUGGUGCUCCUAAAUAAAAAUUCCAUGUCGCACAGCAAAAUCUUAAUGCGAUCAAAAUGGAUGCACUGUAGAGCCUUGGCCUUAAUCCAGUAUUAUUCUAUCCUGGUCCUGGAAAUCUAUAGGGUAUGCAGGAUUUGUUCCAGCCCAGUAGCUUGUUGAUUAGUGUAUUUAGGUGUGUUAGUGCUGGUCUGGAACAAAGCCUGCACACCCUGUGUGUCUCCAGGAUCAGGACUGAAAAACACUGCCUUACCCUGUCCUAAAUAUUUUGAAUAAAAGGGAAGAAUUUAUAUUGUGGAUGAACCCGUUUUGAGAAAAGCUAAAGUGAGCAGAAGUUGUGAUCAGACAGCACUUAUGAAAAGGGUUUGGGUUGCAGACUGUGUCAAGAAACCUUUAUUUUUACCUAAUGAUAUUUAUAUAACAAAUUAUAUUUUUAAGAAAUGUCGGCCAUAUUUCUUUCUUGACACAUGUAUUGGUUGUUGGCUCAUGUCCAUUUUGGUUCUUUGUUUGAAGAAAUGAGGACAUUCAGUGUGAUGUUGUCCGGGUGGGGUGGGUUAAAAAAAAAAAAAAAAGACCCCGAAAUAAAAUCCUAAAUUUAAGUGGCGAAUUGGGAUGAAAGCGCUUCCUCAAAAUCUUUUCGUUCCACUUUAAAAGCAGACUUUGUGGAUUUAAUUAAAUGGCAGUAAACAUGUCAUUUAUAUGCUUUCAAAACAGCUAAAAGGAAUUGUUUUGUCUCUUCCAAUAUCAAAAGAUUUGUUAUCCUAACAAGAUCACUGGUUAAUGGUAUAUUUAGAAAGUGCUUGUAGUAGGUUUAUUCAUAGAUUCAUUGUUAAUUUGUGGUGGGAGGGUUCUCAGUCGGAAAUACUAGGUCACGGAAUAUAGUCUUGUGUUGACAGAGGUCAUUUCAGUUCAGAUUUUCAUUGUGUGUGUUUAUAUAGACCUUUUCUGUAAUGGCUCCAGUGACUUUACUUUGCAAACAGGUGCUGCGCCAUCUGAUUUAUUUCUGUGGUUUGCUUGCCUUUCUGUGUUAUAGUUUACAAACUCAUAAUCUUGCCUUAAUUGACACUCAGAUAUUCCUUAGAAAUCCUCACAGAAAACCUCAACCACCAGACUAGGAUUUCCAUACCAUUUCUAACUAACGAGUGUUGUCAACAUGCCUCAUUGUUCAAUACAAUGCCUUGGAUGUACUGUACAUUAAAAUAAUAAUUAAAUGAACCAACAA